AAUAAUAAUAAUAAUGAUGAAAAUAGUAAAAACAACAAUAAUAACAAUAGUAAUAAUAAAAAUUAUAGUGAUUAUAAUGAUCAAGUAUAAUAAUAUUAACAGUUCUUUAUUAGGGGAGUUACUCACUGUCUUUCAGGCGGUGACAAGUUGCCACAUAUUUGGCAGCAAGAGGUGCUGUUUUAUCUUCACCAAGAAAUAUUUUUGCCAAUUCACAUUCGCUCAGGGUUUUUAGGGUUUGGGUGAAAUUGUUUCUAAUAAGGUUAUAUUUUGUACAGUGCAGGAGGAAGUGCAGUUCUGUCUCGACCUCACCGCUCUCACAGUGACCACACACUCGUUCUUCUCUGGGCAGCCAGGACUGUUACCUGCCGGUCUCUACGGCCAGGCUGUGGUCACUGAGCCGGUACUUGGUCAGGAUCUGUCUCUGCUGUGGAUCUCUGACGGUGUAGAAUAUUCUGCUAAUUCAUACUGUCUGUUUAGGGCCCGAUAGCAUUCUAAUUUGGACUGGGUUCUGGUGUGGUUGUCCCAGUGUUGUAGAUAGUCUGAUUUGGUCUGUUCGAUGAUUUGGUGGACUCUGAUUGGACUUUGGUCAGCAGUGCUGGACUGAGGCUGUGGUGUGUUAGGGGUCAGUGGGUUAGUUAAUCUCAGAACCCUCUCAAUUCAAUUCAACAGUGCUUUAUUGGCAUGAAUGUAAAAGUCAACACUAUUGCCAAAGCAUAAAACAGAAAACAAACAAUAAUAAUAAUUAAUAAUAAAUAAUUAAAAGAAAGAUUACAUAUAUACAAUUACACCAACAGAAAUGAUUAUUUACAGGAUUAACACUUAUAAUUAUUAUUAAUGAUCAUUCAAAUAGAAGGAAAUAAGAGUGUGGAGACUUUAUAAAUGUGUAAUAAUAUCAAUGAAUCAGUAAUAUUAGAAAUGAGUUAUAAUAAUUUAUAUUGUGUGGUUUUGUCCACACUGGUUGUCCCUCAGGUUGUGACAGUCUGUAACAUAUCGAGCUGCCUGAGUGAUCAGCUCUCUCUUCUCUCCCAGUAUAUACUGGAGCUUCUCAGAGUCUGAGCAGAGCUGGAACUCAGGGCAGACUCUGCUCGUUCUCUGGUAGAACCGGGUUCUCACAGACUCAUAUCUAGAACAUUCUGUGAGGAAAUGCAGCUCUGUCUCCACCACUGCGAGAUCACAGUGAGAGCACAGCCUGGCCUCUCUGGGAGCCCAGCUCUGUCUGUGAUGCCCAGUUUCUACAGCCAGACCGUGCUCACUGAGUCUGUAUCCAGAAGUCCACUAGUUCUCUUUGUAUCCACGCAUGCGCCGCGCAGUGGCAGCAAGUCCAAACAGCUCGUAUUUUCUUUGCGUAUAUUUGUGUAUGUGUUUACUUUGUUUUUGUUUGGAGUAGGUUAUACUCUGAGUAUGUGCCUGUAUAAGUACACUAGAGCGGAGCUUCUACAGUUACGGCUUAAAUCGAGUGGGAUUAAACACCCUAUACCGCCUGAACUUAGGAAACCUUUCCGUGGUUGCCGUGCUGGGGCGAAGCUAAAGGCUAGGAGAUGGAGAUAUAAGCCGUUCCUACCAUCCAUUAUAAUGGUCUCUCUGCAGGGCGUGGGCACACUGCAGCAGGUACAGGUGCCAAUCAUCGGCCAAUCAGCAUGUCAGGAGAUGUUUACAGGAGAAAAAUUCGGCAUUCGGCAUGACAUGAUCUGCGCUGGUUACAAAGAGGGGGGCAAAGAUUCCUGCCAGGGUGAUUCUGGAGGUCCUCUGGUGUGUCUGUCGGAGAGUGGUAAAUGGGUUCAGGCCGGGAUCGUGAGCUUUGGUCUAGGCUGCGCUCAGCCCAAUCGGCCGGGAGUCUACGCCAGGGUGUCUGCCUUCAGCAGCUUCAUCCAGAACAACGUAAAGGGACUGCGUCUGUACAGCGCAGCGCCGCAGAACUGGAGCGGCUGGAUCGUAACACUGAUCAGGACUAUCUCUAUGUUGGUGAUUGUACUGCUAACUUAAUACCAAAAUGAAUGACUUAUGAAAUGAAAGGCAGCGAGAUAUGAAGAGGUAACGCAUACUGUGAUUAUUGUUCCAGCCUCGAUCUGCAGGCAUCUCAUUUUUAUCACUUACUGACCUGCCACUCUACUUUCCUGUCUAGAGCCGGUACUCCAAUAACAACCGGAGAACAGUAACCAAUUUGGCUGGAAAUGUACAGUACAGGCUAAAGGUUUGGACACACCUUCUCUUUUUCAGUUCGUUUUCUUUAUUUUCAUGACUAUUUACAUUGUAGAUUCUCACUGAAGCAUCAAAACUAUGAAUGAACACAUGUGAAGUUUUAUGUACUUAACUAAAUAGUCUCUCUUUGCUCUGAUUACUGCUUUGCACACUCUUGGCAUCAUUCUCUCAAAGAGCUUCAAGAGGUGGCCACCUGAAAUGAAAAGUUUUCCGACAGUCUUGAAGGAAGGAGUUCCCAGAGGUGUUUAUUAGCACUUGUUGCGCCUUUGCCUUCUUCAGUCUGUACUCAGCUCACCCCAAACCUGGAUCUGGAUUGGGUUCAGGUCCGGUGACUGUGGAGGACAGUUUAUUUUUUGUUAAGUACAUAAAACUCCACAUGUAUUCAUUCUUAGUUUUGAUGCUUCAGUGAGAAUCUACAAUGUAAAUAUCAGUCAUGAAAAUAAAAAAAAGGCAUUGAAAAAGAGAAGGUGUGUCCAAACCUUUGGCCUGUACUGUAUGUAUAUAUGUAGUGUGUGUUUGUGUAUAAUUUGCUCUUUUUUUACACUGGAAGUUAAUGAAUGAACAUGAAUGAACCUAAAUCCUGUUAAGUUGAGAAGAACAGUAAAUGAAUCUGUCUGAAACUACAACUCUGGAUAAUGCCUAUAUCUGAUUCUCCACAUAUUUUGUAGAGAAAACGGCCUUAAUUAGAAUCACCCGAAUUAUAGAAAAUAGAUAAAGUACAAAGCUGAUGCUUUUUGUUAAUGAAAUGUUUAUGUAUUUAUUAAUUUGGAACCUUCAUUUUAUCCAGUUUGUCUUAUAUAGCUUGUAAUCUUUUGUUGUAAAUAAAGAGUCUUGUAAAACCUUG